AGUUCAUUUCGUGUCGCUGUUCUGAUAAGGUUUUACGUCGUUAUCGUCACGCUUCCAAUACACAAUGUCCCGAUUAUCAUAUACUUAUAGAGGUCUUAUUGCUCCUGUGUUAACUCCUUUCAAUAAUAAUGGAUCGCUUAACUUAGAUAUUAUACCACAAUAUGCAACAUAUUUAGCUAAAAAGGAAAUUAAAGGCAUCCUUGUUAAUGGUACAAGUGGUGAAGGAAUGUCAAUGUCUGUUGCUGAAAGAAAACUUGUUACCGAAGCUUGGGUAAAGGCAGUUGGUUUCAAAAAAACAAAGCUACACUUGAUGAUUCAAGUAGGAGGCGCUCCUCUUCCCGAUGUUAUCGAACUUGCAAAACACGCAUCUAGUCUGUGCGUAAAUUCUAUACUAUGCUUACCGGAGUUGUAUUUUAAACCUACUACUCCUGAACAACUGAUUGAAUACUUGCAAAUAAUUGGUAAUGCAGCACCAAAAACACCAUUACUAUAUUAUCAUAUCCCUAUGUUGACUAAUGUUAACAUACAUAUGGGUCAGUUUCUUGAAUCGAUUGGUGAUAGAAUACCUUCAUUUGUGGGUAUAAAAUUCACUAGUACCAACUUAGAAGAAGGAGCACAAGCACUAUGUGCCGAUAAUAAAAAAUAUGCUAUAUUUCUUGGAAAUGACCAGUUAAUAAAUGCAGCGUCGGCAUUGGGAAUGGAUUCUUUCAUAUCAACCAGUCUAAAUAUGUUUCCGGAACUUAUAUUGGAUCUUCUUUCUGCUUGUAAAAAUGGAGAUACGUUAAGAGCUAAGGAUAUGCAACAAAAACUUUCAAAUAUCGUAGUUGCUAUUACGAAACAUGGUAUUUAUAGAAUGCAGGCCAUGAAGAAAGCAAUGGCUUUUCUUACUGACAUCGAUACAGGAUUACCUCGUGUACCUCUUAAAUCUAUUUCUUCUGAAGCUGUAGAAAUUAUGACAGGAGAUUUAACAAACUUGGGAUAUCAACCAAAAAUUAAACAUUAUUAAAGAUGUUUCUCUUCUCUUAGCUUAUUAUCUUAGAUUAAGAUAUUAAGUUUAAUAAAUUAUUUAACCAUAAA